AUGACCCUAACGAUAGUAACAUUCUUAAUGAUUGUCGGAAGAUGUACCAUUCUGAUAUAUCUUGUCUUCUGUGUCCCGAUUCUCACUACAAUUCUCUAUUUCAUAUUCAAAAAUGAUACUGCAGCGUCUAGUUCUGUGAGUCUUCAAAACUUCGGAUUCGAUUUGAACCUAAAAUUGAUUAAGAAUCAAGAAUUAUUCUUUAAAAACUUUAACUUUGGUGGUCAUCGUGGAUCUCCUGAAAAAGCUCCAGAAAACAGUUUAGCGAGUUUUCUGAAAGCAAAAGAAGAUGGUUGUGAUUUAGUAGAAUUUGACAUUCACAUGUCAUCAGAUGGCGUUCCCCUCUUAAUGCAUGACGAUACAACUGAAAGGACUGGAAAUGCAAAUUUGAAAGUGGAGGAAACCAAAUGGGAAGUGCUGAAAGGAAUCGAAUUGAAGCCUGUCAAGAACAUGACUGAUAAGAUUCCAAAGUUGAACGAAGUUAUUGAUUGGUGUGUUGAGAAUGGACUCAAAAUGCUAUUUGAUAUGAAAAACGAUAACAUUGCAUUGAUUGAACUUGUAGCUGAAGAAAUUAGAAAACGAAACAUUUAUGAUAGGGUAUUGGUGAGCAGUUUUAAUCCAAUCGUUCCAUGGAGGCUGAAGAAAAUUGACCCGAGAAUCAUUACAGGAAUCACUUUGGAUCGUUCGUAUUACUCGUAUAGUGAUGACUUCAGAAAAAGUCCAUUCACCACUAACAUCUUCGCUCAUUUCUAG